GACCACUAUCAAAACAAAUGCUAGACAACAAAACAGAUAAUAAAUAAGAAAAACAACUAAUAACAAAAAAACAACGAAUAACAAAACAAAUACUAAAUAACAAUACAAAAACCAUCAAGACCAGAGAACAACAACCUACAAACCACAGAUCAAAAGAUGGAGACAGACAACUGCCAGACCGGCCCCUGGGGCUUCGACCGGCCGCGCCAGGCAGUGCUCCCAAAUCACGGCACCCAGCCCGCCUCGCCCAGACAAAACGGCAAAAUCCUGCAGCAAACACACCACGGUCGCCCAUCCAAUACCCAUGCCCCACCAGCAAUAAAUGCAAGGAAGCCCCGGGCGCCCAUCCGGAAAGCCGCAAAAACGCCACAGCACAAUAUGGCGGCAGAAAAAGAAAAAAAAAAACGCCCAAAGCCGACGUCGGCCCCAACAUCCCCCCCUCUGUCUGGGAGCAUGCGCAGGCGGCCCCAGGGCGGCGGCCCCAAGCCAGGAUCGGCGCGCGGCCCCAGCCUCCGCCCCGUGGCAAUUCCAGUCACGAGCGGCUGCCAGGCAAGCGGGCCAAAAAAAAAAAAAUCCUGUUUUCGCGCAGCCCCAAAUCGCACACGCUCAACUUCUUCGGCGCUUGUCUCACUCCACGUGAACCACCACUAAAAACAGGAGGAAUCUUCCGCCCCCAUCUAAAAAUAUAAAGCCCGCCCCAUAUAACGCAGGCGAGACAGACCACGUGCCCUGGAGCAUCACGUCGUCGCCACCCGCCUCCUCCCCGUCCGCUCCUUUCU